AAUGGCUAUUGCAUUGUUGGAAGAAUGGAUGAGGCAAGAGAAUUGGUAUCUGAAAUGGAGGCUAAAGGAGUGAAGCCUGAUGUUGUGACAUACAGUACGAUUCUCAGUGCGUACUGUAAGAGUGGCGAUACAGAUUCAGCGUUCCAAGUGAACCAAAAAAUGCUUGAAAAGGGUGUGCUUCCAGAUACAAUCACCUACUCAUCACUCAUAAGGGGUCUUUGUGAGGAGAAAAGACUAAAUGAUGCGCAUGUGCUCUUUGAAAAUAUGAUUAAACUCAGCCUAAUACCUGAUGAAUUUACCUAUACAUCACUUAUUGAUGGCCACUGCAAGGAGGGGAAUGUGGAGAAGGCUCUUUCUCUGCACGAUGAGAUGAUAAAGAUAGGAGUUCUUCCUGAUGUUGUGACGUACAGUGUGCUUAUUAAUGGCCUUAGUAAAUCAGCACGUACUAAGGAAGCUCAACGGUUGCUCUUCAAAUUGUAUCAUGAAGAUCCAGUUCCAGCAAAUAUUAAAUACGAUGCCCUGCUGGAUUGUUGUAGAAAAGCUGAGUUCAAGAGUGUGUUGGCUCUCUUGAAGGGAUUUUGCAUGAAAGGUUUAAUGGAUGAAGCUGAUAAAGUGUAUCAAUCCAUGUUGGACAGAAACUGGAAGCUUGACGGGUCUGUAUACAGUGUGCUUAUUCAUGGGCAUUGCAGGGGAGGAAAUGUGAUGAAGGCUCUCAGCCUCCAUAAACAAAUGUUGCAGUGUGGUUUUGCUCCAAAUUCAACAAGCACAAUUUCCUUGAUUAGAGGUCUACUUGAAAAGGGGAUGAUUGUGAAAGCAGAUCAGGUGACUCAACAGUUGUUGAGCUGCUGUUCUCUAGUAGAUUCAGAAGCAUCAAAGGCUCUCAUUAACCUCAACUUGAAGGAAGGUGAUGAGCAUGUGGCUAAUCCUCUGGAGUGCUGCAAAUCUCUCAGGUUUGACAGUUCCUAAUGGCACCACUGUGGUUCCCACAAUCAACCGUACAAUGAGAGCGUAUGACACUGCAAUAGUUGCUGCUGAGUAUAUCCUCAGGUGGCUUCCUAAAGGCACACAUGAGGUGGUCAAAUUGGUUACCCCUGACCCUGAGGAGCUUGCCCUAACGAUGCAAAAGGCUUAUGUCUCUGUCAAAGAGAUGGCAGGGUUUGUUUAUAAUCCGUUGGGUGGAGAGUGGUCCCUGUCAGAUGAUAUCAUUGUGAACUAUAUUGCUUUUAGCAUCAAGAAAAGCGAAACACCGUCAACAAGAUUUAUCAUAGUUGGAGGAAAAGAAUUUACCUUGAAUUGACGUGCAUCUUUCUAAGAAGACAAGCAUCUCACUUGAAUACUACUGCGGAUGCAACCAAAGUGCAAAAGAGAAUGUUUUCCCUAUCGUUUUUUUCUCGCCACGGACACGGGAAGCAUGGAGUAGCACUGUGAGUGUGAUGAAACUCCAUUGAGAAGUUGACGAAUAAACGAGUGACCACCGCUAGCAUGUAGAUGUAACUGUGAGGAAGCUCCAAAAUUCAUAGCUAAUUCACAGAAAACUGCUGUUACAACAAAUUGCUCAAGUCCUGUUAUAACAUAUAAGAGGUUGAAUGUCGGAUGUUGGUAUAUAUUAAGUUUUUUAUAACUAAUAAAGCUUUUGAUACAGAUUA